GUAAGUGGUGGUGGUGUAUGUGUUUAUGUCAGAAGGUAGAGUAACAGUAUUUGAUGGUGACUCCUGAGUAGCUCCUCCUUUACAUAACCCUGCUGCUUGGCAGAUGCUCGUCUCAGAUUUAGACUCGCAUUAAUCCUUGCUUUAAGUGCUCAGAGAUGUUUGUUUGUACAUGUUUCUUGUGUUCCCCCUGUACUCUUGAGUGGAAUGGCGAAAAAGCCGACGCGGGGACCACGAGCAUUGCCAUCUAUGCCAAGUCAGGACACAGCAGAGGAGAUUCCUGCUCCAAAGAGUAGGAAAAAGAAGGCCAAGAGGGAUGUGGAGAGUGUGGAUGAACAUGAUGAUGGUGGAAUGGAAAUGGGAGGGCUUACCAGUCGCAGACAGUCUGAAUGUCAGGAACCUUUGAGCCCAGAACCUGUGGACAAUCCGCCACAAAGGAGGAAAAAGAAGAAGAAAGCACAAGCAAUUGAUGUUGAGGGAGAUCAGACAGACUUGGUGUCAAAUGGAGAUAUGGUGGAUCAGCAUGUCGACGAAGAGGUGACGCGCAAACCAAAAAAGAGGAAAGUGAAACCUAAAGUCACAGAAACACAGUCCAACAACGAAUUGGACAUAGAGGAUGAUGAUAUCAUCACAGACCCCCAGGUGCCUGUCCCCCAGCAUUCCUUGUUCUCCGCUCCCCAAGGACAGAGCCAGCCUGUGGGGAAGGUGUUUGUGGAGAGGAGCCGUCGUUUUCAAGCAGCUGAGCGAGUGGACCAGUGGAAAGCCAGUGGCCCGAUGGAGCAGAGCUUUAUGGACAGCCGCUCAGUGUGGACCACUAGAGAUGUCUCCUUGAGACUGCACAGCGGCUUUAGGGUGAUUGGCCUGUUUUCCCAUGGUUUCCUGGCUGGUUAUGCUGUAUGGAAUAUCAUUGUGGUCUAUGUUUUGGCUGGGGAACAGAUGAGCACUUUUUCCAACCUACUCCAGCAGUAUAAUACCCUGGCCUACCCCGCACAGUCCCUGCUCUACCUGCUGCUGGCCCUCAGCACUGUUUCUGCCUUCGACAGGUUGAAUCUUGCCAAAGCCGCUACGACCAUGAGGAGUUUACUGACCCUCAGUCCUGUGGCGCUUGCUUCCUUCUUGUACUUUUCCGCACUCGUUUUAUCAUUAAGCCAGCAGAUGACAAGUGAUCGCAUCAAUCUCUAUAAUCAGUACUCCAGCUAUAAUGUGACACUCUGGCAGCCGGGCUCAGAGCGCAGCAUCCUUUACCCCUGGAUCAUAGUAAACCUGGUGGUCACUUUGCUGGUCGGGCUGGCCUGGGUUCUGAUGUCAACAAGUCCAGAUAUCGACCACACAGAAGAGUUUUUAAUGUUGAUGGAAAUGGAACAUCCAAAAGCAGAAGAGAAGGGAAACAUCACUGCAUAAGGCACCUGAAGGCAUUUUGAUACAUGGUUGAUUUGUCAUUGUAUAUAUUAGAAAUGUCAAACACUUGCCUAUUGUAAGGUCUCAGCA